AUGGCAUUUUUUAUGUUAAGUUGUAAAAGUUCAUCAUCAUCCAAACAAAUCUACAUGUCAACAUUGAUCGUUCUUGUGGUUGUCUGCUCGUUUUCGUGUUGCUCAUCAUCACCAGCAUAUGUAUUUGGUUCAUCAAUUGAUGAUAUUAGCAAAAAUGUUGACGACAACGACAAAGAUUUUUAUGGUCAAAAUAAUCAUGAUGAUCCUUUACCAUCUCGAUUGUCAUUAUCAUCAUCAAUUCAUGAUAUAAAUACUAUUAAACAUCCAACGUUGUCCAAAAGUCGGUUUUUAAAUCUCCUAUUGGAUCCUGCUUUUAUACAAGAAGAAGGUCUUUCUCAUCGACCACAUCAUGAUCGUUUCUACAAUAGACGAUAUGCUCCACAAGCAUUUCAUGCUAUGCGAGGUUAA